CACACACACACGCUGCGUGAUCCCCAUCCCAAACCCAGAGCUGCUCUGAGCCCAUGGAGUAGUAGUAGCCUGUUAGUAGUAGCGGGAGCGCUCACGUUUCCCCUCCGUCCCCCUUUCAAUCCGCAUUUCUCUUCAAUGGAUUCGCCUUUCACCGGAUUAUUGCCUCAUCACACCGCGAGUGAGCUGACGUGAAUCCUUGAGAGGACAAGUCUCCCCGACAGGAGACAAGAUGGCGUCCAACAACACCCUGCGCAGCUACUCCAUCAUCCCAUGUUUCAUCUUUGUAGAGCUCGUCAUCAUGUCCGGCACGGUGUUGUUGGCCUACUACAUGGAGUGCACGGACCUGUUCAGCGUGCACGUGCAGGGCUUCUUCUGCAACGACGCAGAGCUGAUGAAGCCGUACCCCGGCACAGAGGAGUCCAGCUUCGUCCCCCCACUCAUCCUGUACUGUGUGGUGGCCGCCGCUCCCACCGCUGUCAUUUUCAUCGGGGAGGUCUCCAUGUACGUGAUGAAGUCGACCAGGGAAGCUCUGCUGGCUCAGGAGAAAACCAUCGUGACGGGAGACUGUUGUUACCUCAACCCGCUCGUCCGCCGGAUCGUCCGCUUCAUCGGUGUGUUUGCCUUCGGCCUGUUCGCCACAGACAUCUUCGUCAACGCAGGGCAGGUGGUGACGGGGGGUCUCUCUCCCUACUUCCUGUCGGUCUGCAAGCCCAACUACACGGGCACCGAGUGUCGCUUUAACCACCAGUUCAUCAUCAACGGCAACAUCUGCACCGGGAGUCCCAUCAUGGUGGAGAGCGCCCGCCACUCCUUCCCUUCCAAGGACGCGUCGCUGAGUGUUUACUCUGCUGUUUACCUGACGAUGUACAUCACCAGCACCAUCAAGACCAAGUCCAGCCGCCUGGCCAAGCCCGUCCUCUGCCUGGGCACGCUCUGUUCAGCCUUCCUCACCGGCCUCAACCGAGUCUCCGAGUACCGGAACCACUGUUCGGACGUGGUGGCCGGAUUCAUACUGGGAUCGUCUAUCGCUCUGUUUCUGGGUCUAUGUGUGGUGAACAACUUUAAAGGCGUCCACAGCGCAGCGGCCAAGCAGAAGACUGAGGAGUACCGCGGUCUGCCUCUAAUGACUUUCCCCCGCGUGGAGAGUCCUCUGGAGACCCUGAGCGCACAGCAAUGACACACGCCCAGAUGAAUAUACAGGCAUGAUAUUUUGCACGACCACGCUGUCCUCCCUCCCACACACGGACGCACAUGCAGUGACCUCACACAGUGAUCUCCUCUACCUUCUCCUCUCCACUCCCUUUCCCUCUCCUGUCUCCUUCCAUUUCCUUUUGUCUCCCCCUCUCCACCUCUCCCCCUCCCCACGUCUGUUCUCAGAACCACUCGGCGUCGAUGACGGAGGUCACAUGACUAAGGGGGCAGCACCGGGUCACGUUUGCGUCUCCACAGCACUUCCAGACACAAUGACGAGGACGCAUGCCACGUGGCGCCGAUUGCUUGAGAAGAAAAAUUUAAAAAACGAACACUCCUGAUAUAUCUGUUUCAUUCACCUGGGGGAUAGAAGACACCAUGUUUGUAAUGGUUCUCAUCUAGUUGGGCUUCGGCCCAGUUCAACACGCCGAGGCACCCUGAGCGCAGCCAAAAAUAUCACAAGACAAACUCAAGCACAGUUGUUCUUUUUUUUUUUCCAGAUGUUUAAAACCAUUUGAAACAUGGGAUGUGUUUUCCCUCCAUGGUGCGGUUUGUAGUUAGAGGACAGUGUUUUGUACAUUUUUGUAUGAGCGAGUGCUGUAGCCUACCCUGACGGUGUUAAACCUGCACACUUCCUGUCAGCUGACUCACUCUGUGUUACAUCACAUCCUGCCAGGUCGUCGAUCACCACCUCCGUCCCCCUGAGUCUGAACAAAUCUGCUAUGGGAAAAAAAAAAAAAAAAUGUUGAUGUUGUCGUUUCUGUGAUGUUUGUCCUUUGUACAGAAAAAAAAAAAGACAGAAUCCUUCUUUUUAUUAUCUCUCUCUGUACAUUACUUGACCGUGUCAGGUCGCAUUUUGUAAAGAUUUUUGUUAAUCUGUUUGACUAUUAUGAUCCGUUUGGACCUGUUUGCCUGCUGUAAACCUGGAUAUGUUAUGGUAUCAGUUUAAGUGUUUUGGGGGAUGAUCCCCUCUCUCUCUCUCUCCUUCGGGAGGAAAUGAUGAGGAAGAGUCAGUGACGUCCUCUGAGUCAGAAAAUGGGGUUUGGCGCCCGCUGUGCCACGUUAUCACCGACGACCUACGGAAAUAUCAUCUGCGUAAAUUCUCUCGAUGGGUGUGUCUCACCCCCGAUUUCCUGAUUCACUGUGAUGUCGAUUGAAAUGUGCUCAACAGAGAUGUGUGGCGGGGCUAGCCUCUUCAGAUCUACCUGGAAAUUCACUGGUGCGGCUGUACAAUUUAAUUUGAAUCCCGAUGGAAGACGUUCUAAUAAAAUAUAUGUGGAAAAGAAAAAAACGGGACAGAAACUGAUUUACUGAGGCGCGGCUAGCCCUCCUAAUGGAAACCAGGCUAAUGACUCCUGCUUCACUUUUCCUCCUCGAGGCACCCCUCCUCCCCCCCCUCCCUGAGCCACCAGUGGAUUGUGAUGCAAUGUUGUGACUCCAUUUCCUAUUGGAAGAUAACGCCCAGCAUGAAGAGAGAAGUCAAGAUGUUUUAUAAAUAUUCAUGAUUCGAAUUCUGGUCAUUAUCAUCAUCAACAUCUUCAUCAUCAGCGUCAUCAUUGUGAUUAUAAUCAAGUUUUCCUUUGAGAACAAAAAGAAAAGCGUUUCAUUUGAAAUGCUGCAUAUAUUUUUUUCUUGGUUUUGUCCAUGAAUUAAAUAGUCAGUAG